AUGCGGAAGAAACACAACGAGGAGAGACUUUCAAAACGAGUCCGACGCGAAUCGGUAGAAGAGUCUGAGUCCGAGACAGUUCAUCCGCCUGAAGAACCCCAAGUUCUAGAAGCUUCUAAUUUACAUCCUUUUUCGAUUAUAACGGCUGCUUUUUACUCUUUUAUUCGUCUGUUGGGCUCAGCCCGGCGUGUGCAUGUUUCUAGUGACUCGACUGGUGAAGGCAAUACAGGUGAAGAUAAUUUAGCGGAUUUACAGGAUAAUAGUGAGGGUAGUGGUGUUGGAAGUAAUACGGGUAGUACUACUGAUGAUGAGACACGAAGGACUAUUCUUUCGAUUAUUCAAGGGAUGUUUGGAGGAGCGGGGAUUGGAAGAAGAGAGAUGGGACUGAGCACGGGUGCUAGUUCGGGUAGUUCAGUUAAUUCACAGGAUUUUGAGUUGUUAUUACACCAGAUGCCAUCUAGUUAUGGACAGGAUCCCAGUAGUAUUGUAUUUACAGUGAUCUACUAUAUUGGUGAGGAAGAACCACGAGUUAAAACGAUGAAACAAGAGGAUUUAGAUAAGGCUAGUCCGGAAAAGACCGUUGAUGAGCCUCAGGGCGAGUGUCCGAUUUGUUUGGAGGAGAUUGAAACUGGAGCUGUUGUUCGUCGGCUGGUCUGUUCCCAUAUGUUUCAUAGCAGCUGUAUUGCUGAGUGGUUGACCCAGUAUGCCAAUGAGUGUCCAAUGUGUCGCACUUCAACUCUAGAUGGGCUUGAGAAGCCCGUGGAAGAUGAUAAAGUUGGCUAG